AUCAUCACUCUUCACUCCAUCAGUUGAGAGUUGAGACUGGAGAGCAAAGUGAAGAAUCAAAAUCAGAAAAAUGGAAAACGAUGAAAAUGAAAGGCAAAUCCCUAAAGAUCUGAUGAUUCAACCCAUCCUUCCACGGCUACCCGUCAAACAUUUGGCUCGAUCAAAGCUCGUUCGCAAGAAAUGUAAUUCUUCUAUCUCUUCUACCAAUUUCACUCUUCAUUACACCAAACAACCCCUUAUUUCUCACCCCUCUUUCCCCGUUCAAUCCCUCUUUGUUCAAGAUGAUAAAACUUUUUAUCUUUAUUCUUGUGAAAAUGAUGAUAAUGUUGGUCAAAAAAAUCUGGUUAAGUUAGAUGUUGAUUUUAGUGUUAAUUCUGGGGAAGUUAUUGAGCUGAUUGGAUGUUCGAAUGGGUUAGUUUGUUUAGCUGAAAUUUAUGGAAAAUUCUUUUUUCUUUAUAAUCCAGCUACAAGUCAAUCCCAUAAAUUUUACCCUGGAGAUUUUGAAAUAUGGGAUCCAAGUUAUACUAAUUGGGGUUUUGGGUAUGAUUCUAUUAACGAUGACUUUAAAGUUGUUAGAAUUAUGACGAAUGGAGUAACUCAAACCGUUCAUGUUUAUUCGCUUAAAAUGAAUGUGUGGAGAAAGGUCGAUUUCGGGGUUGAGCGAUCAAGGGGUUUUCUCUUUGAAAAAGCUGUGUUUGUUAAUGAUACUUUGUAUUGGACUAUGAUGGUUACAGCUGGUAGUACACUUACGGCCCGUUUGGUAGCCGGUCAUAAAUGGUGUCAAUUGGAAUGAAUUUGUAUGUAAAUUUGUACGGAAAAUCAAUAUUCAUUCUCAUGGUAAUGCUAAUUCACUCAAAAUUAUCUCUUAUUCUUUAUAAAAUUCCAUUACCAUCCAUUACCAUUUGGGGAGUAGUAUUAGAUGUGAAUGCAAAUCUAUGAAGAAAAACACCAAGCUUGAGACAAAUUUUCAUUACCAUGGACAUCAUGAUGUUAAUUUCUUGCCAAAUAACACUAGGAUUUAUUCCCAUUUCCACCGUUUAUUACCGGCUACCAAACGGGCCGUUAAGGUUGUUGCAUUUAAUUUGACAAGGGAGACGUUUGAGGUUUGCUCCUCGUCCGAAUGGUGUGGCUGCAGAUGGUGUUUUGUGUGUGAUGGGAGGAUGUUUGACUAAGUGUACUUCCAACGCUCGAAAUGAUGUUGUGUUUGAGAUUGUCAAGAAUUCUGGAGAAAUUGUUUCCGUUUGUUUUGAAUGUGAUAUGAAGAUUGAUGUAGAUUAUGAGUUGGUUGGGUUUACUAAGACGGGUAAGGUUUUGUUCGCUCAUACUCGGCGCGGACUGAUAGGGUUGCUCGAUCGAGGGUCGAAGCAACCACUUAUGUUGUUUGGACUUUAUACAAAAACUAGUAUUGAUAAGUAUGUUCCGAGUCAGAUUUCACCUAUUCUAUCAGCUGAUUUACCCAAAUCACCAGCAGAGGGGACUUGGGCGGCUAAUCAGGAACCUUUUCCGUUGAAAGAGAGACGGUCGAAAAGAAAGGAGGCUGGACGUACCUUUUGUUGAAGCAUCAAUAAGCAUGAUGAUUGAUGAAGGACUUAAAGAUUCAUUUUAUUGACAUGUAUGUCACUUUACUUUUGCUAUAGACUCCUUAAUUUUAAUUUUGUAUCUCAUGUACUGAUACAUGAAGCCUGCUGAUGUACUGAUGCUUGAAGUCCUCUUAACUUGAUGUAGAACCUCUGUAUUUUGGUCUUUGGCUUUUGAUA